AUGGAAUGUGAAAACCAGUCUCUUUUGACUGACCUUAUCCUCUUGGGCAUCCCCUACCCUCAGGGAUUUCAUGUCCCUUUGUUUCUCUUCUUCCUGAUCAUCUACUUGCUGACCAUCGUGGGGAAUAUCCUGGUCCUCUUGACUGUGGCCUCAGAACCUCAGCUGCAUAAGCCCAUGUAUUGGUUUCUCUGUCAUUUGUCCAUUUUGGACAUUGCAAUGUCCACUGUGAUAGUGCCCAAGGUGAUCGCUGGAUUUGUAGAAGGCGGUAAAGUCAUCUCCUUUGGCAGUUGCAAGACUCAGCUCUUCUUCUACCAUUUCCUGGGCUCCACAGAGUGCUUCUUGUACACUGUGAUGGCCUACGACCGCUUCCUGGCCAUCUGCAGACCUCUCCAUUAUAAUGCAGACAUGAACCACAGAGCAUGCCUCUGCCUUUCCUUUGGUGCAUGGUUUUGUGGCUGUGUGCAUUCAGUCCUGGAAACAACCCUCACCUUCAGCUUGCCGUAUGGCACGAAGAACCAAGUCAACUAUAUCUUCUGUGAUAUACCUGCCAUGCUGAAGCUGGCCUGUGGAGACACAAAGUUCAAUGAGAUGUUUACCUUUGUAGAUGUUGGUCUAGUGGCCAUGAUCUGUAUCUUCUUGAUACUGAUGUCCUAUAUGUACAUUGUUUCUACCAUCCUGAGGAUCCACUCGACGGAAGGGCGCCGUCGGGCGUUCUCCACAUGUGCUGCUCAUAUCAUUGUGGUGAUGACGUGCUAUGUGCCUCUGGCUUUCAACUACAUGAGACCAGGGGCUCAAGAUCUUCUGAGUAAAGUGGUAGCUAUCUUCUACUCCACACUGACACCACUUCUAAACCCAGUCAUAUACACACUAAGGAACAAGGAGAUGAAGGAUGCUAUGCUUAAACUUAGGGUAAAGAAACCACAGUGA